CACCACGACAGCAGCCACACCUCUGCAGAGAGAAUGGCCAGCAGGAAGGCGGGGACCCGGGGCAAGGUGGCAGCCACCAAGCAGGCCCAACGUGGUUCUUCCAACGUCUUUUCCAUGUUUGAACAAGCCCAGAUCCAGGAGUUCAAGGAAGCCUUCAGCUGUAUCGACCAGAAUCGUGAUGGCAUCAUCUGCAAGGCAGACCUGAGGGAGACCUACUCCCAGCUGGGGAAGGUGAGUGUCCCAGAGGAGGAGCUGGACGCCAUGCUGCAGGAGGGCAAGGGCCCCAUCAACUUCACCGUCUUCCUCACACUCUUUGGGGAGAAGCUCAACGGGACAGACCCCGAGGAAGCCAUCCUGAGUGCCUUCCGCAUGUUUGACCCCAGUGGCAAAGGGGUGGUGAACAAGGAUGAGUUCAAGCAGCUUCUCCUGACUCAGGCAGACAAGUUCUCUCCAGCUGAGGUGGAGCAGAUGUUCGCCCUGACACCCAUGGACCUGGCGGGGAACAUCGACUACAAGUCACUGUGCUACAUCAUCACUCAUGGAGACGAGAAAGAGGAAUGAGGGGCAAGGCCAGGCCCAUGGGGGGGCACCUCAAUAAACUCUGUUGCCAAAUUGGAA